AUGGAGGGGUUGAGAAACCCCCGUGGCGCAAGCUUCGAUGAGAUCCAGAAUGACACCGAAAGCAGCACCGCGACGAUUACCGGCGACGCAUCUUCCGCGAAGGAAACCUCGCCGCGCAAAGCAAAUGACUGGGGCAUGCUAUCCCAGCUCCAGGAGGACCAUGAUCGUGAUAUAGCCGCUGGAUUCAAGAAACAGGAACUCGGUGUCACAUGGCAGGAUCUCUCUGUCCAGGUCACAAGUUCUGAGGCUGCAGUGAAUGAAACCGUUCUCUCUCAGUUCAAUAUCCCCACGAAAAUCAAAGAGGGCCGGCGAAAACUUCCCCUACAGACGAUCCUCAACAAAAGUCAUGGCUGCGUGAAGCCCGGCGAAAUGUUGCUGGUCCUGGGCCGCCCCGGUGCCGGUUGUACGACCUUGUUGAAAAUGCUCUCCAACAGGCGAGGAGGAUACAAAUCCGUGGAGGGCGAUGUUCGAUUUGGUUCUAUGACCCCCGAGGAGGCCAAGCCUUUCCGCGGCCAAAUUGUGAUGAACACUGAGGAAGAGAUCUUUUUCCCGACCCUAACAGUCGGUCAAACUAUGGACUUUGCCACGCGCCUCAAGGUUCCCUUUCAUCUACCAGAAGGUAUGACUGCCUCGCAAUAUCAACAAGCCACAAAAGACUUCCUCUUAGAGUCGGUCGGGAUCUCUCACACUGCCGACACCAAGGUCGGUAAUGAAUACGUUCGUGGAGUUAGUGGCGGUGAACGUAAGCGAGUCUCCAUCAUCGAGUGUAUGGCCACGCGGGGAUCCGUUUUUUGCUGGGAUCAGUCGACCCGUGGCCUUGACGCUUCUACUGCACUUGAAUGGACCAAGGCCAUUCGAGCCAUGACCGACACGCUAAACCUAUCAACCAUCGUUACUCUCUACCAGACUGGUAAUGGGAUUUACGAUUUGUUCGACAAAGUCCUCGUGCUCGAUGAAGGAGAGCAGAUCUUUUACGGUCCCAGAGAGCAAGCCAGGCCAUUUAUGGAGGAAGCCGGAUUCAUCUGUCGUGAAGGUUCCAAUGUCGCUGAUUACCUCACUGGUGUUACUGUGCCUACCGAGCGCAGAAUUCGAGAUGGGUUUGAGCACAGUUUCCCGCGUAACGCCGAGGCCCUGCGGAUCCAGUACGAAAAGUCAUCGAUCCAUACUCAAAUGAUCGCUGAGUAUUCUUAUCCGGACUCCGAACUCGCCCGUGAGCGUACCGAGGAGUUUAAACAAGGUGUGGCUUUCGAAACAUCCAAGAACCUACCGAGGAACAGUCCUUUCACUGUCGGCUUUGUUGAUCAGGUGAGGAUCUGUGUGCAGCGCCAAUAUCAAAUUCUGUGGGGUGAUAAAGGCACUUUCAUCAUCAAGCAGUUGGCAACACUCGCUCAGGCGUUGAUUGCCGGUUCCCUGUUCUACGAUGCUCCCGAUAACUCUGCUGGUCUUUUCGUCAAAUCCGGUGCUCUCUUUUUCUCUCUGCUGUACAACACUCUGCUUGCCAUGAGUGAGGUGAUUGAGUCUUUCUCCGGAAGACCUGUAUUGAUCAAACAUAAGAGCUUCGCCUACUUCCACCCGGCCGCCUUCUGUCUCGCCCAAAUUGCUUCCGACAUACCCGUAUUGCUUUUCCAAAUUUCUAUGUUUGGUCUGGUUGUCUACUUCAUGGUCGGGCUCUCGAUGUCCGCUGCAGCAUUCUUCACGUACUGGAUUAUCGUGUUCACCACUACAAUGGCUAUGACUGCGCUUUUCCGAGCUGUUGGCGCUCUCUUCACUACUUUCGAUGGAGCCUCUAAGGUCUCAGGUUUACUCAUCAUGUCUACCGUUCUGUACGCUGGUUACAUGAUUCCGAAACCUUCAAUGCAUCCUUGGCUCGGCUGGAUCUUCUGGAUCGACCCGCUUGCCUAUGGGUUUGAGGCUUUGCUGAGUGUGGAGUUCCACGGGAAGAACGCUAUACCUUGUGUCGGUAGCAAUCUGAUCCCUAUGGGCCCCGGAUACGAGGAUGCUCAGGAUCAUCAAUCUUGCGCAGGUGUCGCCGGUGCAAUCCAAGGCCAGACUAUCGUGAAUGGGGAUAACUAUCUAGCAGCUUUCUCAUAUAGCCACUCGCAUGUCUGGCGCAACUUUGGCAUCAACUGGGCCUGGUGGGCCUUGUUCGUAUCCCUCACAAUCUUCGCAACCUCAAAAUGGAAAUCGCCCUCCGAAUCGGGUAGCACCCUCGUCAUUCCUCGUGAAUACUUGAAUAAGCACUUUCACAACCAACAGAAAGACGAGGAAGGCCAGACUUCAGAGAAGAAAGUCGCCGCAACCAAGGAUGAGUCCUCUCAGCUCGACAAUCAGCUGGUUCGCAACACCUCCGUUUUCACAUGGAAGAAUCUUUCAUACACAGUGAAGACACCCACUGGCGACCGACUUCUACUCGACAACGUCCAUGGAUGGGUUAAACCUGGUAUGCUCGGUGCCCUGAUGGGUUCCUCCGGCGCUGGAAAAACAACUCUGCUCGAUGUCCUAGCCCAGCGCAAAACCGAGGGAACCAUCCACGGUUCCAUUAUGGUCGAUGGUCGCCCGUUGCCCAUUUCAUUCCAACGUUCAGCUGGCUAUGUGGAGCAGUUGGAUGUUCACGAGCGCAUGGCAACUGUUCGGGAGUCAUUGGAAUUCUCUGCCCUCUUGCGCCAGCCUGCCACCACUCCCCGCGAAGAGAAACUUGCUUAUGUGGAUGUUAUCAUCGACCUGCUUGAACUUCACGAUCUUGCCGAUACCUUGAUCGGCAGCGUUGGGGCUGGAUUGAGUGUCGAACAACGCAAGCGUGUGACUAUUGGAGUGGAACUUGUUUCCAAGCCCAGCAUUCUCAUCUUCCUGGACGAACCCACUAGUGGUCUGGAUGGCCAGAGCGCAUACAACACUGUCAGAUUCCUUCGCCGACUUGCAGAUGCUGGACAGGCUAUUUUGGUCACCGUGCACCAGCCAUCUGCCCAGCUCUUCGCCGAGUUUGAUCAGCUCCUUCUUUUGGCCAAAGGAGGCAAGACUGUGUACUUUGGCCCUAUUGGAGAAAAUGGCCACGAUGUCAAGGGCUAUUUCUCGCGUUACGGAGCAGCAUGUCCGCCUGAAACCAACCCUGCUGAGCAUAUGAUUGAUGUUGUUUCGGGUCAAUUGAGUCAGGGCAGAGAUUGGAGCAAGGUCUGGCUGGAGUCGCCUGAACAUGGUGCCAUGCUCAGUGAGCUCGACACGAUCAUCGAUGAGGCUGCCUCCAAGCCGCAAUCCAUCACUGAUGAUGGUCGCGAGUUUGCCUGUACGUUGAAGGAGCAAACAAUCCUGGUCCUGAAACGUACCUCUGUCGCUUUGUACCGAAACUGCGAUUACAUCAACAACAAGUUUGCCCUCCAUAUCGCAAAUGGCCUAUUUGUGGGUUUCAGUUACUGGAUGAUUGGAGACUCUAUCACAGACCUUCAGAACGUGUUGUUCUUCAUCUUCAACGCUGUUUUCGUCGCUCCUGGUGUCAUCAAUCAAUUGCAGCCCACUUUCCUUGAGCGUCGCGAUCUAUUUGAAGCUCGCGAGAAAAAGGCCAAGAUGUAUUCUUGGAAAGCUUUCACCAUUGCCUUGAUUGUCUCGGAAUUCCCCUAUCUGAUUGUCUGUGCUGCUCUGUUCUUCAACUGCUGGUACUGGACGGGCGGUAUGCCAGUUGAGUCCAGCAAGAGCGGUAGUAUCUUCUUCGUGUUCUUCCUGUACGAGUUCCUCUAUACUGGAAUUGGUCAAUUUAUCGCAGCUUAUGCCCCCAACGCCAACAUGGCUGCCAUGACGAACCCUCUGAUCCUGGGUACCAUGAUCUCCUUCUGCGGUGUUUUGGUGCCUUACACACAAAUCGUCAGCUUUUGGCGAUACUGGAUUUACUGGCUCAACCCCUUCAACUACCUCAUGGGAAGUAUGCUGACCUUCGCCCUGUUCGAUCGCGAGGUCAAAUGCAAACCGCUCGAAUUUGCCAUGUUCAACUCACCCGAUGGAAUGACCUGCGGUGAAUACCUCGACGGUUUCAUGCAGACCAUUGGCAGCCGUAUGAACCUUGUCAACCCGGACGCCACCUCUGGAUGCCAGGUGUGUCAAUACACCCGUGGAUCCGACUACCUGUACAACCUCAAUCUGAAGGAUUACUACUAUGGCUGGAGAGACGCUGGCAUUGUGGCGCUCUUUGUGAUCAGCUCUUACGGGUUGGUAUUUGGUCUCAUGAAAUUGAGAACCAAACAAUCCAAGAAGGCUGAGUGA